CCGGUAGAGAUCGGUCCGUCGCCGCUGCACAGCAGUCUUGUCUCGUGAGCCUCUUACGAGAGACUUGAACGACCGGUGCCGCGCUACUCCAGUCCAGUCGGACGUCGUACGCCGUCAACGCGCGAGUUCUCACCGCCGUGAGUCUGUGGUGAUGUGUAGUAACUUAACGAUCAAACGAUCGAUUUUGCGCACGUUCAGCGAUGAAUUUUGACUGUCAUUUGCAGUGAAGAAGUGUUUUAUUUUUCGAAUCAGAUAAAGAUUUUUUUUUCAAAUCGAUUUUAUUUAAUUCCUAACGAUUCGUGAAAAUGGCUGAGUUCGAUGCGAACAACAAUAGUGCGCUGCCUUUACCGGAAAAAGCGCAGGAAAAAUACUCUCUACGACCGAGGGCUUCACUAAAACGUGAAGAACCCGACGAGGAUCACGAAGACAGUUGGAAACCAUCAACUCGCGGUCGAUCUACCAAACGGCGUCAGAAGCCUAAGCCUCUCAGCAGGUAUCGGAGGAAGACGGCUAACGCACGCGAGCGGAGCCGUAUGCGGGAGAUCAACGAAGCGUUCGAAGCGCUCCGCCGUGCCGUACCCCACCUGGCGGUUGACGCGCACAACGAGAAGCUGACCAAGAUCACCACACUCCGGCUAGCCAUGAAGUACAUUUCAGCGCUCAGCGGACUCUUGACCGCGGCGCCAAGCGCCCAGUCUUCGUCAUCUCCUAGUACUGCCGCCGAGGCCGCAGCUAUUGUCGCGGCCACGACCACCAUCUGUGGCGGAGGCAUAAGUGGCGGCGGAGGAGGACUCAUCGGAACAGCAGCGAUGUCGUCUUCUUCGGCGCCGCUACUGACUACCACCGACCACUUGGCCGCGCUUGGUUGCUGUCUGUCGCCUUCGACGUCUGACGAUGUGGACUCGCUGCUCAGCGAGUACGCGUCAGACUUACUUUGUGGCGGCGGCGGCGGCGGUAGCGAGUGCAGCUCCUCGGCUGCGUCCACUGUCGGAUUCCUCACAGACCACCACCAUCAUUCUGCCGCGUUCCUGCGUGACUUGCCGGGCGCGGCCGCGACCUAUUCGCUAUCUCCGUCGUCGUGCUCCACGUCGGCCACCGAUGUCGUCGGUUUCCCAUCGCCGCUUCUGUCCGCCGACUUCCCGGUGGACGUGGCCGCGGCGUUCAUGCCGUUCGCCGACCAUCCGCUGCCGCCAAUCGACUUCAACGGUGACCCGUACAUGUUCGAAGACAACUUCGCGUGCACCGAGUUUAGCUAGACCUCGAACUGUGUCGCGUUCGGGCGUCAUCAAGGUGCCAUAUAUUUACGACAUGCAUAUUAUUCGUAUUCUGAAUUAAAAUAAGAUCAUUUUGUACGUUUGCAAUUCUGCGCGAAAAAUGUGUAUUGAAUUUUUGUCCAUCGAAAAUAAUAUGUGAUAAUAUAUUUGAUGUUUUGACGUACUGUGCCUACGAGUAGCUGUUWGUAUAGUGUACGCGUUCGCUUACUCCCGGUCACGGCUGAUGUGCUCAGAUCGUCAAUUUAAUGCGUGUACAAAUGUUUUCUCUUCUAUUUUCUCUCAAAUGUUUUCAACUGUGAUAUACUGUUCCAUCGUACUACAUGGCCUGCGUCUGCAGUCGAUUUCGGCAACUCCACCGCUCCCCAUAAUCCGCCCGUAUUUCUUACCAGUAAAUCGGUUACACGCAUUGUAAUGACAUUAUGUGAUGUGCGUGUGCGCUCCCGAGUAAAUUAUUCUAUUUGUUUUAAAUGAAACGUGUACGUCUAUCCCAUUCGAUGAAUAAUAAUAAUAGUAAUAAAAAAAAACUGAUCUAACGUUUUUAAAUCYGACUGGUGAAACUGGUUAUUAUUUAUUCUAUAUAUAUAUAUAUAUUCCUUUCGGAUCCUUUCCUUGGCUCUCUUGUACAUAAUAUUUUACACUUUAUACACGUCCUGGAGGAACCAUAUAACAAUCUCUACGCAUAAUCGCGUUUUUUUUAAAUAUAUAAAAAAAAAACUAAAUACUACUUUACGAUUUGUCAUUGUUUUCACGUACGAUGAAAAAAAAAGAUAAACAGGUUUAUACGAUUAGGUUUUUCGACCGAUUUCGCGAUCGUCCUGAUUAUAGAUCGUUUUUUAUAAACAUUGCACAGGAAGCACCGCGAUGUUAUUGUGAUAUUAUAUCCGCGUAAUUUUUACAGCUGAUGAUUUAUAUUGACGGCCAAUCUGUCCUGAACUAUUAUAAGCAAAUAAACUCAUCCGACCUCCCGUUGAGUCUAAACAAAAUAACCGACGUACACGUAGACGUGUUUAAAUAUUGGCUUAGGAUAAUAUAUUUUGUUACAAUAUAUUCUCUGCACACAUACACACACACACACACACACACACACUGGCUAUGAUGUCUGACACCUUUUUAUUUUUUUUACCAUUUGUUAUGUGCAGCUUCAUGAUGACGUGCACACGUAGUAUAUAUAUUUGUUUUUGCGUCCUCUCGCGCAAGUACGGUGUGCACUCGACUUCCAUUAGUCCCAAUUUUCUGAAACUUGGAUAGUUCGCAUUGUAAACUGAUGGAUUUCCCCACGUGUGUUGUACCCGAUAAAAAACGGGUAAUUCUUUUUUUUUAUAUUGUCAUUUUGUUACCUUUAGUGUUAUGACGUCAUUUAAUGUUUUAACUAUACUUUAUUAUAUAUGUUGUAGAUGAUGUAUACGCAUAUAAUGAUAUAUUUUUACGUUAA